GACUAGGAUAAUAAUAAUUGUAUAAUUAGGAUACAUUGAGAGUGAGGAAAUAAUUGUAUAAGGACUAGGAAAUAAUUGUUUACUUAAAAGGCCUCUCUUUAGCGUACUUUAUUGAAUGAAGUGGGCCGACUUCUGCUACUAGUUUAAAGUUUGGGCUUUCCUCCAAAAAUAGGCCCUACUUCUUCAAGCCCAAAGUCCACUUCAUAGCGUCUUACUCUUACCGCCCGUUCAAUGUCCAUGGAGACUGACUGACUGACUGACUAUCAGUUUCACAAUGACAAUGACAAUGACAAUGGCAAUGGCAAGAAAACCGGCCUUGGCUGCCAACUUUUUCCAAGCAAACUCAAACAUACUGAAAAUCAUCCCACCUCGCUUGGGAACUAUUUUAAAAGGCAGAGGUCAGCCACCUCCUGAUCAUCGUGGAACGGCGGAAUAAAAGAUGAUGUCGCGACGCGUACCUUGUCCUUCACUUUUAGUUUGCAAGCAGAGUUGUGGAUCAACACCGGCUCUGCUGCCAGCCCACACCAACUGACCAACAUCACUACCGACUUCAAGCAGCCUAUUAGAAGAUCGGCAGCUGCCUAUAAAAAAUAAAGCAGCUCCUCUGCUCGCUCGCUCGCUCUAAUUCCGGGGGCAGAAUUUAGAUCAGAAAGGGAACACACUGAAAAACACAGAGACUUUGCUUUCCUUUUUCUUCCCUGGGCUGGGGCUGGGGCUGGGAGUGGAGGUGGAGCAGCAGAAGCCAUCAGCUGAAAAGGACGGAUCAUUAAUAAAAGACCAUACCAGACCAGACCAGGAGUUCUAUCUGUGCAUAUAAACAUCAGUGCGCCUCUGGCUGUGCGCAGAAGCUAUAUAUGAAGUGAACCGAAAUGCCUUUGGCGAGCGAGGAGUGGCGGAAGGGACUAAUGGAGGGGUGGUGGAAUUAUUAUUGGGCGCCGGUGGGGAUAGCGGUGGCGGUCGUAGUGAUCGGGAGCCUGAGAUGGGCGGCGAAGAGAGGGAACGUGUGGUGGCAAGAGUCGGGGCUGCCGGAAGAAACGCGACGGCGGCUGCCUCCGGGGGAUUACGGCUGGCCACUCAUCGGCAACAUGUGGUCAUUCCUUUCGGCUUUCAAGUCUCACGACCCCGAUUCCUUCCUCCGUACUUUCACCAACAGAUAUGGAGGGCGUGGGCUUUACAAGGCCUUGAUGUUUGGAAGGCCCAGCGUGUUCGUAACAACCCCGGAGGCAUCCAAGCGAGUGCUAAUGGACGACGAAGCCUUCAAGCCAGGCUGGCCCACCUCCACGGUGGAGCUAAUGGGCAAUAACUCCUUCAUCGGCAUCUCCUGCGAAGACCACAAGCGACUCCGCCGUCUGACCGCCGCCCCGGUCAAUGGGUACGAAGCCCUCUCCCUCUACAUGACCUUUAUCGGAGAGAAUGUCGUUGCCGCGCUGGAGGAAUGGUCUUCCGCCGGGGAGCCCUUAGAGCUGCUGACCCAUCUCCGGAAGCUCACGUUCAGGAUCAUAAUGUUCAUCUUCCUCAGCUCCGAGUGCGAGGACGUCAUGGAAACCCUGGAGAGACAGUACACCACGGUCAACCAUGGAGUCAGAGCCAUGGCUAUCAACCUCCCUGGUUUUGCUUACUACAGAGCUCUCAAGGCGCGUAAGAAAGUGGUGGAUGUGCUGCAAUCGGUCCUAGAUGAGCGCAAAAGCAGAAUCAAACAGGAGGAUGAGAGUGGGAAGCAACAAUUGGGAAAGAGCAAGAAGGUGGACAUGAUGGAUGAAUUGAUGGGCGUGGAAGAUGAGAAUGGGCGGAAGCUUAGAGAUGAGGAGAUCAUCGAUGUUCUGUUGAUGUACUUGAAUGCUGGCCAUGAAUCCUCUGCUCAUGUCACCAUGUGGGCAAUGGUGUUACUCCAUCAGCACCAUGAUUGCCUUCGCAAAGCCAGGAUUCUACUACUCUUUGCUUAUACAACAGGCUACAUGCUUGAUCAGGAGGAGUCAGAGGAAAUCGUAAAGCGAAGGCCAAUCAAUCAAAAGGGCGUGUUGACCCUCAAGGAAAUACGCCAAAUGGAUUACCUAUCUAAGGUGAUAGAUGAGACACUUCGAUUCAUAACAUUCUCUCUCGUUGUAUUCAGAGAAGCGAAAACAGACGUGUAUAUGAGUGGUUAUACGAUUCCCAAGGGCUGGAGGGUACUAGUUUGGUUCAGGGGUGUUCAUUUGGACCCUGAGGUAUACCCGAAUCCAAGAGCAUUUGACCCUUCCAGAUGGGAUAAUCUGACACCAAAGGCGGGUACUUUCCUUCCGUUUGGAGCAGGAAGCCAUAUGUGCCCUGGAAACGAUCUUGCCAAGAUCGAAAUUGCUGCUUUCUUACACUAUUUCCUCGUUGGCUAUGAGCUGGAGCUCGUGAAUCCAGAGUGCCCCUUACAGUACUUGCCUCACCCGCGACCAAAAGACAAUUGUUUGGCUCGUAUCAAAAAGAUAUCGCAACAUGGGUAGUCAUCCUUCUCCUUCUCUCCAUCGUCAUCCUCUGCUUCCUGCUAGGGAGAAAAGAAUCACAUUGCACAGGUGGUAUGUGUGGCAUGUUAGGUUAUGGUACGAUUGAUGGUGCUAGGCUGCCCAAAUUCUGUUUGUGGAACAGAAUAAUGUAGUAGGUGGUUCACUGCUGAAAAAGCUCACGGGUACCAAUGUGUGUCAGGUAUCAAUGGUUACUCGUAGUAAAUAAACAACUUGUGCUCUUUGUUACCCCCUGUACUCUCGUGGUUGAGAAUGGAUCACAGUUUUCAACUGAAUCGCUUGGAAUAUGCUAAAGCAAAAGGAUUAAUGUUACUAACAUGGAAGCUAAAGAAACCCAUUUGGAGCCCAAUUGAAU